UAGAAAGAUGAAUAGUCGCAAUUUAGAAUUUAGCAUUAGAUUUUCAAUUACCAAAAGCUUCAGUUAUAUCAAGCACAAGCCAAACUACUAGUACUACUUAUUUCAAUACUAACAGUAGCACUCAUUUUUUGUCCGCCAUGAAAGUUCCUCCUAAGAAACCUCAUUUUUUCAAGCCCAUUUUGCCAGGCUUCAAGCAUGGAUUCAAAAAUUCCUAUAGGUUUUUGAAUUAUCUGAAGGGAUAUGAUCAGUAUGAACAUGCAAUACUGAGAAGGGCUGAUAAAAAAUGGUUGGUGAAAGUGAAAGGCGGUCGAUUCGAAGAGGGUAAUUGGAAAGAUUUUGUAGAACAACAUGAUUUGCAAUUGGGAGAUAUUUUAGUGUUUAAACAUGAAAGAGACAUGAUAUUUGAGGUUUCCAUCUUUUAUUCAACUCAUUGUGACACAAAAUAUCUGCAUGAAGAAGAGACUGCCAAGAAAUUUGAUUUGGAAGGUGAAGUUCUUUAGGGUUGACAUAUUUGAUUUCUACUUUUAUGAUAUCUUAUUUCUUGACAUGUUUGUAUGCCUAAAUAAAUAAUGCAACAGAUAAACCAAAUCCCAAGAUCAAGUCAUGCACAAUUUCGGGUAAAUUUCAUAGCUCGUACUCGAACUAAUGAUUUAUUGCACAAAAGGAAGGGGUUGUGACAAGAUAAAUCUAAAUAACAAGGAUAAUGGUGAAUAGAGUGAAGUUCUAACCAAAUAUCUGAUACCAGAACAGAGCUAAUAAGGUCAUUUUUUGAGGUUUCCCGUUAAAUUCGGAAUCAUUGAAUGCUAGGGUGGUAGGUGUAAAGAAAUGAAUCUUGGGCUUAAGUCAACCUCAAAAGCUAGCUCAUGAGGGGAGGAU